UUACGCUCUGCUUUUCGUGUAUUUUGGAUUCGCGUUCGGUGCUACUGGCCUCUCUUAUUUUAAAGCGCUGAUGUCCCUUUUUCUAACUCAUGCAUCCUUUUCACUCCAUUUCUUUAGAGAUCCUUCUUGGAACAAACUUGCAGGAAUCAUUGGAGUGAAGCUCUCAUCUCUUGAUGUUCCUCUCUGCCUGUCCCUUUCUUCCCAAUUGUGUAGGAUAAUAGGAGAGAUGGAUCAGCACAGGUCUUUGGUCGAGAUUUGCAUCUUUGUUUAUGAUUCGUCCAUGGAGUCGUGGUCUAUUCUUGUGAACUAGAGUAAGAUACAAGCAGCGGCAAAGCUGGAGUGUAUCCCCCUUGUGCUCUCUUCUUCUCCUUGGCAAUCUUCUGCUACCAAAGUGGCCGUUUUUUUGCAAUCUUUGGAGUUUUGCUACCCCUACCGUCGGUUCCUCGCAGCGUUUAACUCUACUCAUUAAUUGACUAUAUCCCGUUUUAAUUCACUGCAAUCAAUGUGAGGCCUGCCUUGCUGUGCAUAAAAGGGUGUGAAAGGCGUGAAGAGCUUCCUCUAAUUGUUUCCUUCCUGUGUGCGGUGCAGCAGUUUGGUCCGAGGAGGAAGAUAAGAUAAGAGGGAGGGUUCUUGAGUUGCUCUUGUUGAUUCAAUGGGCGAGAUGAACCAGCCGCCGCCGCCGCCGGUGGGCGUGCCUCCGCCGAUGGGGAUGGGGAUGGGGAUGCAGCCCAUGAUGAACCCACCGGUCGGCGCAGGAGCCAUGCACCCGCCCCACGAGCAGUUCCACCAUCUCGCCUACUGCGUCCACUCCAAUCCUUCUUGGGUUCAGGUGGCGGGGCUCGCGUUCCUCCACUAUCUUGUAAUGUUGGGCUCUACCGUCAUGCUCGCGUCAACUAUUGUUCCUGCAAUGGGUGGUAGACCUGGUGAUAAGGCUCGUGUUAUUCAGUCAUUCCUGUUUAUGAGUGGCAUCAAUACUCUGCUCCAAACACUUGUUGGGACACGACUUCCAACAAUUAUGAAUGCUUCAUUUGCAUUUGUUAUCCCAGUGUUGUCAAUAGCCAAAGAGGUUGAGUCACAAAAUUUAGCAGAUAAUCAUGAGAGAUUUCGUACCACAAUGAGAACAAUUCAAGGGGCUCUAAUUGUUUCUUCUAUCCUAAACAUGAUUCUUGGAUACAGCAGAGUGUGGGGGGCAUAUGCCAAGAAGUUCAGUCCUGUAAUAAUGACCCCUGUUGUUUGCGUCGUUGGUCUUGGACUAUUUCAAAUUGGCUUUCCUCAGGUCGGAAAAUGUGUGGAGAUUGGGUUGCCAAUGCUAAUCCUUGCGAUUGUUGUGCAACAGUAUGUGCCACAUUACUUCAGGCAUAUGCAUGACCGAACAAGUUUCUUGUUUGAGAGGUAUUCGUUACUUCUCUGCAUCAGCAUUGUGUGGGCGUUUGCAGCUAUCCUUACUGCUGCUGGUGCAUACAACCGUGUUUCACUUAAGACACAGCAGCACUGCCGCACCGAUAAGUCUUUCCUUAUGUCAUCUGCACCAUGGAUCAAAAUUCCUUUCCCUUUUCAAUGGGGUAUGCCAAUCUUCACUGCAGGUCAUUCAUUUGGAAUGAUGGGUGCUGUACUUGUUUCAGCUUUUGAGUCAACUGGUGCACACUUCGCAACUGCACGUCUAGCCGGCGCAACACCACCCCCAGCUCAUGUUCUUAGUCGAAGUAUUGGUUUGCAGGGCAUUGGGCAGUUCCUGGAAGGAAUGUUCGGCGCACCAGCUGGCUCAUCAGUAUCUGUUGAAAACAUUGGGUUACUUGGAUUAACAAAAGUUGGCAGUAGGAGAGUGAUCCAGAUAUCAACUGGCUUUAUGAUAUUCUUCUCCAUAUUUGGGAAAUUUGGUGCCUUCUUUGCAUCAAUUCCAUUGCCAAUCUUUGCAGCAAUUUACUGCAUCUUAUUUGGUAUUGUAGCUGCUGUGGGAGUCUCGUUCGGGCAAUUUCAAAAUAAUAACUCAAUAAGGAACAUCUAUAUCAUUGGAUUAUCCUUGUUCCUUGGCAUCUCGAUCCCUCAAUAUUUCUCUGAGUAUACCGCUUCUGCCGGCCGUGGACCUGCCCAUACAAAUGCAGGAUGGUUCAAUGACAUCAUAAACACAGUCUUUGGUUCUGGCCCAACGGUGGCGCUGAUUGUCGCGUCUGGUCUGGACAACACAUUGGAGGUCCGGGGCCAUGAGGCCGACCGAGGGCUCUCAUGGUUCAUACCAUUUCUCCGCCGACGGAAAGGGUACUCGGAUCCUCGAAACGAGGAAUUCUACAGCUACCCAAUCAGGGUCCAUGACUUCAUCCCAAGCCGAUUUCUCUGAUUCUAGAAGAUGGGGCACUGUUAACUACCUUGUGCUGCUGUGCAUGUAAAUCCCUUUGUUCUUUGUAGCCUUUACUCCUGUGACCUGUAGUGAUUGGUGCGGUCAUAGAGUCGACUUAGUGGGAUAUGGUACAAGCAAUGUUUAGGACAUCCGCCUUACCUUUUUUCCUUCGCUGUUUGGGCUAAGGAGAUGGUUACAUGGUGACCUAGAGUUUUAUUGUCCGGGUGUAUGUUACUGGGAAAAGAAAUGCAAAAGGUAGUGCCUCAAUUAUUAA